AUUUCACCCAAUUCUCUCUCGCGCCCAGAAUUCAAAUUUUCUCAGGAAAAGUUGCAGAUUAACGAUGUCGAUCGUCGAGUACGAUGGAAGUGCGUUGGUGGAGAAGAACUGUUUCUCCAUCGCCGGCGAUUGUCGUCUAGGUGUACAGCUCCAAACCCUCGCCACGGAUUUCCAGAGGAUCUACAAGAUUCAUGACCGUUUCUUCAUUGGUCUUUCCCGUCUUGCCACCGAUGCUCAGACACUGUACCAGAGGCUUGCGCUUCGUCACACGUUGUAUCAGAUCAGGGAAGAGAGGGACAUGAAGACCGAGACAUUCUCUAGUCUUGUUUCCGCCAUUCUCUAUGAGAUGAGGUUAUGUUUGGUCCUGACUUCUGCCAACCUGUUAUUGCUGGAUUAGGAGAUGAUGACAAGCCGUUCAUCUGAACAAUGGACUCAAUCGGUGGCCAGUCUUUUCUUCAUGGCUUUCGCUUUACCUCUUUUCGAUUCACUUCGGACGUAUGAAUUGAAUAUAGGGAGCUGGUUAAGAUCUCGUGAUGGCUGGAACUGCUUCAGAAUCUCUUUAUGGAGCCUUUGAAGCAAUGUUCAAACCCGAUAUGGAGCCAGAGGAAUUGUUUGGAACUGUUUCUCAAGCACUUCUUUCGUCUAUAGAUCAAGACUGCUCGAGUGGUUGGGGUGGACGCUUAUAUGUUAUAUACAUGGCAAUUUCGACCAUCGGGUUUCCUCAUCUACAUUCCAUUUGUCUAUAUUGGCAGCUCAGCAAUGGAAGUGAAGGAGCGAAUCUUGAUGGGAGGAAUAAUGGGUUGAUCUGUCUCGAUGAACGUUAAAUUUUCAAUCGGAAGGAUUUCCGUUGCAUCAAUCCUGGUAUCGCCCUAUUUCUCUUUGCCCGAUAGGAUUGUUUUACGGUUAUCGUACCUAUAAGUUAGCUUUUGUCUUCGGUAAUCAGAAACCGGUUUACAUAAUCAGAAACUCUAGGGGAGUGACCUAUUAGUUUAUUAUGUUAGUUUGGUGUAAGGAGAAAGGUAUGACGUAGCUUGCAGAAGUUGGUUUUGUAUUGCUUUGCAUGAAAGCUGCCUUUUUUGUUAGGGUUUCACUGUUGUUCAUUUCUUGUAUCUCACGUUACCUCUCCCCGAAGAAAACCUUUUGGGGUUUUACACAUUCCAUAUAAACCUCAUAACUUUUGGCUUCCCUCCACAAUCAAAGUUUCUUCUUCUUCUUCUCAAAUGGGUAGCCAAGAAGAAGAUCCUAAGCAGCAGCCACCACCGAGAAAAGUUCCCGAUCUAACCUUCUUCGAGCAAGCAAAUUCCGACUUUGCCCUCGCUGCUUCCCGGGCUAAUUCCCAUUUUACCCUUACCGGCGGCCAAUCUAACCCUAGCUUUGCUCCUGCGAGGCUUUCGACGAUAGAAAGCGGCGAAGAAACUGAGGAAGGUGAAGACGAAGAGGAAGAUGAUGAUGAAGAAAUCUCUUCGGGGAGUGGCAUGGACGACAAUGAUUACGAGUAUUUCGAUAGCAACGGGUUCGAAGAAGAGGUAGACGGUCUUGAUGAGUUUCUCGGUGACGAAGAAAGCAGCAAUGACCCCGAGGACGACGAUUUCUUGGAAGAUGACGAAAUCGACCCGGAUGAGCUAUCUUACGAGGAACUAAUCGCCCUCGGGGAAUUCAUUGGGGUUGAGAAACGAGGGCUAGACCCGGGCGAGAUCUCGACAUGCCUGAAUGAGUUCAAAUACGUAUCUUCGCAGAUCAAGAACGGGAUCGACCGUUGCGUGGUUUGUCAGAUGGAAUUCCAAGAAGGAGAGUCUCUCGUCAUUCUCCGACCAUGCGACCAUCCGUACCAUUCGGAGUGUGUGACGAAAUGGCUUCGGACAAAGAAGAUCUGCCCCAUCUGUGGCUCGGAACCAUCAUCUCUCGACCCUACCGUCGGGGAAUAGCUGAUUUUACGGUUUUACCCUUUGUGCUCGAAUUUAUUGAAAACAAGAAAAGAGAAGGAAAAUCUGCCGUUUAAAAGAAAUGAUCAUGCUGUUGUAUAUGCUUCAUCAUUUAGACUAAUCCUUUUAUUCUUUUAAAUAUUGAGGGAAACCAUCCCUUUUUAAUUUCAAAAAUUUAAUUCCGA